AUGCGCCUUAUGCGAUCAGCUUUCAUGGAACUGCACAGCAGGCUGAAGCGAGAAGAAAAACAAGACAGAGAUGUGAGCGGUCGAGGACAUGACUUUCGUAUGCGGCCUCCGGGACGACACCCUUAUGCAACCGUCCGUGCCGAUGUACGCCCUUCUACGUCCAUCCACGCUUCCGGGUCGUCACCGGUGAACUGCACAGAAGAAAGCAAACCGAUCUCGUACACAUCCAGAUGCACAACCGAUGAAUACAUCAAAGCUAUCGCGCACCAUUCCCAGCAAUCCAGCGCCGAGACGUCAUAUCCUGGAGAGAUUUAUGAUACGCUAAAACGGUUUCUUGAGCAGAAAUCAAACACUGAACCAAACACUGCAAACGAUGCGCCCAGCGAUUUCGCUUGGCUCAUCAGUCCGAGCCAGCUGGGCCAGCAAGCUUCGUCGGACAAGCAAUCUCUGUCAGACAAGCAUUCGCUGUCGGACAGCAAUAAGAACCGGGGAGGGUCCGAGGGAUUUGCUGAUCCGGAGUCGUGCAUAGAGGCAUUGAGAAGUAAUAUCGAAAUAUCGCAUCCACAAGUGCUAUUCCUACGGGGCCAUCCUUCACAGAGUUGGCUUUCAAGUAUUGGCGCUUUUUGUUACGUCGAUCCCGAGCUAUUUCGCUGGUUUCUCAGGUACCAUGCAGGACCAGGGAGCGACUAUUAUUUCGACUCCGCUCCUUCUCUAGUGAGUAACAUAUUUCGCUUCAAGUUCUUUACCAUCGGAUCUAAGAACUACCGAUAUCGAUCAUCUCAGGAGGAGGUAGACGCCUUGCGCGGGAAGGCAGCCAGCGAUCUCCAGAGGUACCAGACAGAAUUAAGGGGAAACUGGGCUCUGAAGCCAGGGGACUCGACUGUGCGGAAUUUUCGUGUGCUAGAUGAAUGGCACUGCGUCAUUGAACAGGAGAUCGUGAUCUCCAUUUUCGACGUUGGAAAAACUUGGAUGGGAAACGACCUCACCCAGGGGCCGCGAUUUCCAUAGCUCGGGGGUGGCGCGGAACCAUUGCCAAUCACGAUUCUCCCAAUCGUUCAUUACAGACCGAGGUGUGCG